AUGCCUCCUUCAUUUGGAGCUUCCCAGGCGGCAAUGUUUUCCACAUUUCAAGCAGGGCUCGCGCCGCCACCGCGGCAGAUCUCUGAACAAGAGGCGCCUAAAUCUGCUACCAACGGCGUUUCCAAGAGAAUCACCACUCCACAUGCAUGCGCGGAAUGCAAGCGAAGGAAAAUUCGGUGCGAUGGACGACAGCCCUGCGGUCAAUGCUUGGGCUGCAGGUCUCCAAAGCCAUGUUAUUACGACAAACAUCGCCAGAGAGUCAUUCCUUCUAGGAAAACCCUCGACGCCCUCUCUCAAUCCCUAGAAGAAUGCCGGUCCAUUCUCAAACGGUUAUAUCCCACUCGAGAUGCCCAGUCGUUACUGCCGCUCUCUAGGCAAGAGCUGAUCUCUUUGCUGGACCGCUCCGGCUCGCAGAGUGCGCCUUCGCAACGAUCACCCACGGGCUCCAACACGAACACCUCACCAAUCUCCCAGGAAUUUCAGUCUCCUCUCGCUUCAACAUCAGAGGACGACCGGAGCCUCGCACAUCUCGAACAAAUACCGAGUCAAGACACAGAGUGGGACGAAGAGCGGAGGAACCGAGAUCCAAUACCUGCCGAGGCAGAUGAUGUCAAUGCGUUGUCUCUAUCGGUGGACCGCCAGUCUUCAUAUCUCGGUGCAACAUCUAUUAAAGCCGCGUUCUUGGUUAUGUUGAAGGUUGCACCGGUACUACGAUCUUUCCUUGCGCCUACGAACGGGAACAACAAACAAUUGAGCACCGCCAGUAAUUACCCUACACCUCGACCCAAUGGUCCCGUCAAAUCCCUCUCCUCAAUCUUAUGGUCCUCCGAGGGCCAAACUCUAAUUGAUGCCUACUUCAACAGGGUUCAAAUAUUCGCGCCGAUGCUUGAUGAACCGUCUUUCAGAGCGGAUUACUUGAGCGGCCGAAGAAAUGAUGCCCCAUGGCUAGCACUCCUGAACAUGGUGUUUGCUAUGGGUAGCAUUGUAGCGAAUAAGUCGGAUGAUCACAGUCAUGUCACUUUCUACAGCCGAGCCAAAGAGCAUUUAGGACUCGAUUCCUUCGGCAGUGGACAUAUUGAGACCCUACAAGCUCUUGCUUUAAUGGGAGGACUUUAUCUUCACUACAUCAACAGACCCAACAUGGCGAAUGCUAUCACAGGCGCUGCUCUGAGGAUAGCUUGUGCCAUGGGUCUCCACAGAGAGACCGCUCCAGAGCAGGGAGCUGUCGAUGCCAUGAUGAUCGAGCAGAGGAGGAGAACGUGGUGGAGCUUGUUCUGUCUCGACACGUGGGCAUCCACUACCUUGGGACGACCAUCAAUGGGUCGAUGGGGAGUUGGAAUCACUAUCCGCGCCCCAGAAGGGACUCAUGAUCCAAACGUGAUCGGCCAACACACAGGCAUCAUUCCUUUGAUUGAAAAUAUCAAGUUCUGCAGAAUUGCCACGCAAAUCCAAGACGUUCUCGCACAAUCGCCACUCAUGAGACCCGAAGAUCGCGCAAAUCUUGACCGGCAGCUCGUUGAGUGGCAUGAUAAUCUUCCCUGGAUUCUCCGCUCUACCGAGCCAUGCCCAGAAUCGAUUUACACUGCAAGAUGCGUCAUGAAAUGGCGGUACCAAAACCUCCGCAUAGUUCUCUACAGACCAGUUCUCUUGAAUCUUGCAAAUCGUGGCAACGAAUGUACCCCAACUCAGGAUGAGCUCGAUGCGAUCGUCAAAUGCCGCCUGGUGGCCAAACAGACAAUCGAGGACAUCGCUCGUGAAUGGACGCCCAAUCAGAUGCUUGGCUGGAAUGGGGUCUGGUUUCUGUACCAGGCCUCUAUGAUCCCGCUAGUCAUGAUAUUUUGGGAGCCUUGGAACGCGCAGCAGGUACGGGACUGCCAGGAACAGAUCGAAGUCGUACUGGAGGCUUUUGACGGCCUUGCCGAUUGGUCUCUAGCAGCGAGGCGUAGUAGGGAGGUCGUUAGCAAGAUGUACGAGGCAAGCAAGCGGCCCCUGACCAGGCAGACUAGCCCGCGAUUGGGCCCGGCUAUGAUGAAUGGGAACGGCAACGGGGUCAACGGCAACGUUCCCGCCAUGACGUUGAAUGGGAUGAACGGAGUCAAUGGAAUGAAUGGAGUCAACGGGGUUCACGGAGGCAAUCCGAUGGCUAUUAUGAAUGGCACCAGUGGCAUGAAUGGCCACAUGAUGGAUGCGAAUGAAAUGCACCAAAUCGAAAUGAUUGGGGAAGAUGGCAUGAUGCUCAUGGAGCAAGGAGUCUGGGACCUCGAUGGAAUGCUCUGGCAGAAUCUACCUGAUGGACUCGAUAUGCCUUACGAUGGCAUUCCCAUGCCGGAUUACGACGACGGUCCCGUCAUCGGCUAUGAUGGGAAUUACAUGAUGCAUCAAUAA